CAACUGAAGAGCCAACAGCGCAGCCGAGCACAACAGAGACCCCGGAUGGCUCCCUCGUCUACACCUUCAACACGGGCGCUGCUGGCUGGACCCUGAGUCACUUGAACGGCGCCACGUGGACCCGCAAGGAGUUCGACAGCAACGGGCGCCCUGUGAACGACCCUCCUAAUGGCCCGUGGGUUUUGGAAAUCCAGCCUGACGAGGUCCUGGCAGGUACCGUUGUUGCCCAGAGCCCCUUGCUUGAAGCAGUCGACACCAGGAUGGUCGUGGCUGUCACCUUUUGGAUGGACGGCGCUGAAGACUUCCAGGCUGAGCUGAAAGUCCGGCGAAAGACUGACUUCAGCACUUUCGACGUGAACCCCAUCAUGAACCUGGACCCGUUCGGCGACCAGGAGAACCACCGCUGGAUCACGUACCUGGCGACCCUCGACGGCCUGACUCCUGGACAGUCCUUUAAUGUUAUUCUGGAGGGCUCCCUGGGCGGACACCCCAACAACUCGGUGGCUGUGGACAUGGUGGAGAUUCGGGGCGUCCGGGAGGCCGCCCUCGACCACUCGUCCUUCUUCGACUUCGAGAACGGCCUCCAAGGCUGGUCGUCCGGGAACCUGGAGGGCGGGCGGUGGCUCCUGCAGACCUGGAGCGAGCUGGACCCCUCGGUGGGCGUCCCGCGGCCCUCCGACGGAGAGAACUUCCUCUUCGUGGACCGCUUCGACAUCCACUCGGGUAAGGCGCCGCGGCCCCUCGCGGACGCAGGACUGUCAUAUACUACAAGAUAUGUCUCUCAUAAGUCAUUAUCACAUGAGACAGGGAUCGUGUUGUUCUAUCGGGUUGUAAUAUUAUUAGGACUCUUACACUUCAGUAGACAUUCUCUAGAUGGUGUUGGUUAUUUAGGUCACUCGCCUGUCGCACCAAAUAUGAGAGGAAAUGAAAGCAAGGUAGUUGAAUGGAAGGAAUUGUGUCAGGACAAAGGGGCCAGUGAGGAUCUGUUCUGCACAAGAAAUAUCCUUCUGCAAAAGAAGGGAUGCAUAGAAUGGCUUGAUAUUACACUGAAGACCUAUAUUUUAAUAAAAUACUUGUCAUGCUUCUCUCCAUACUUUUUCCUAUGA